CCGAGCCGCCGCCGGACCAGGUUUCUUUAGAAGAGAUUGACGUUAAUAAUUCAAAAUGCCUGAAAAUCCUGCUCCAGAUAAACGGCAGGUCCUUCAGGUUCUUGAUCGCCUGAAAAUGAAGCUGCAGGAGAAGGGGGACACAUCGCAGAAUGAGAAACUCUCUCUGUUUUAUGAAACACUAAAGAGUCCUCUCUUCAAUCAGAUCCUCACACUUCAGCAGUCCAUCAAGCAACUGAAAGGGCAACUCAGUCACAUACCUUCAGAGUGUUCAGCCAACUUUGAAUUUUCUAGGAAAGGUUUAUUAAUAUUUACAGAUGGUGCCAUUACUAAUGGGAAUGCUCAAAGACCCUCUAGUAACUUGACUGUCUCUGGGUUGUUUCCUUGGACUCCUACUCUGGGAAAUGAAGACUUUCACUCUGUCAUUCAGCAGAUGGCUCAGGGCCGGCAAAUCGAAUAUAUCGAUAUAGAACGGCCUUCAACUGGAGGCCUGGGAUUCAGUGUGGUGGCCCUGCGAAAUCAAAAUCUGGGAGAAGUUGAUAUCUUUGUGAAAGAAGUGCAGCCAGGAAGUAUAGCAGACAGGGAUCAAAGAUUAAGGGAAAAUGACCAAAUACUGGCUAUUAAUCACACACCACUGGAUCAGAACGUUUCCCAUCAGCAAGCAAUUGCGUUAUUGCAACAAACCACUGGAUCCCUGCGUCUGGUCGUGGCCAGGGAGCCAGGCCACACAAAGAGCAGUACUCCUACCAGUCUAACUGAUACAACUAGGCCUGAAACAGUUCAUUGGGGCCAUAUUGAAGAUGUUGAGCUUGUUAAUGAUGGCUCUGGAUUAGGUUUUGGAAUAGUUGGAGGAAAAUCAAGUGGUGUGGUUGUGAGGACGAUAGUUCCUGGAGGAUUAGCAGAUCGAGAUGGAAGACUCCAGACGGGGGACCACAUCUUGAAGAUUGGUGGCAUAGAUGUGCAGGGAAUGACCAGCGAGCAAGUUGCCCAAGUGCUAAGGAACUGUGGGAAUUCAGUCAGGAUGCUUGUUGCAAGAGACCCAGUUGGUGAAGUUUCUGAAACCCCUCCUCCCCCUGCAGCCUUACCUGUAGCCCUGCCUGCUGUAGCCAACAGGAGCCCUGGUGUUGACAGUUCUCUUUUUGAAACUUAUGAUGUUGAACUCACUAAAAAAGAUGGACAAAGUCUUGGAAUUAGAAUUGUUGGCUAUACUGGAACUGCUCAUACAGGGGAGGCUUCAGGGAUUUAUGUGAAAAGUAUAAUACCUGGCAGCGCUGCGUACCACAAUGGCCAAAUUCAAGUGAAUGACAAAAUAAUUGCCGUCGAUGGUGUGAAUAUUCAGGGUUUUGCCAACCAUGAUGUUGUUGAAGUAUUACGAAACGCAGGGCAAGUGGUACACCUGACUCUGGUUCGAAGGAAGACAUCGCCAUCUGCUUCUCCACACGAAUGGCCUUCAGACAGAGGAACUGUCAUAGAACCAUCGGAAAUACCAGCCCUCUAUCCAACCGGAGCACUGGAUUUGGAAACUAAUUUGGAUGGUGGGGUUGAGGAAACUGAAGAAAGAAUGGGUAAUCUAAAAAAUGACAACAUACAAGCCUUAGAAAAAUUAGAAAAAGUUCCUGACUCUCCAGAAAAUGAGCUGAAAUCUAGAUGGGAAAACCUUUUGGGUCCAGAUUAUGAAGUAAUGGUUGCUACUUUGGAUACACAGAUUGCAGAUGAUGCUGAGUUACAAAAAUAUUCAAAGCUGCUGCCCAUUCACACUCUGAGGCUUGGCAUGGAAGUGGAUUCCUUUGAUGGGCAUCAUUAUAUAUCUUCAAUUGUUCCAGGUGGUCCUGUUGAUACACUGAACCUUCUGCAGCCAGAGGAUGAGCUUCUUGAGGUCAAUGGUGUGCAGCUGUAUGGGAAAUCUCGUCGGGAAGCAGUCUCCUUUCUCAAAGAAGUGCCUCCUCCCUUUACCUUGGUUUGCUGUCGACGACUGUUUGAUGAUGAAGCCUCUGUAGAUGAACCAAGGACCACUGAAGCCUCUCUUCCUAAGACAGAGGCUGACCACACUACAGAUGUCCAUACUGAAGAAGAUGAUGACGGGGAAUUAGCAUUAUGGUCACCUGAAGUCAAGAUUGUUGAACUUGUAAAAGAUCAUAAAGGCUUGGGAUUCAGCAUUUUGGAUUACCAGGACCCUUUGGAUCCCACACGAUCAGUGAUUGUGAUCCGUUCCCUGGUGGCAGAUGGUGUUGCAGAAAGAGCGGGGGCACUACUACCUGGAGACCGCCUGGUCUCAGUCAACGAGUACUGUUUGGAGAACGCCACACUUGCUGAAGCCGUGGACGUGUUGAAAGCUGUGCCACCAGGCAUUGUACACCUUGGCAUCUGUAAGCCUUUGGUGGAAGAUGAUAAAGAGGGAGAAAAUCAUUAUAUUUUACAUUCAAACAGAAAUGAAGACAAGAUUGAACUUUCAGAAACAAUUCAUGAUAUAAAUUCAUCUUUAAUACUCGAAGCACCCCAGGGAUUUAGAGAUGAACCCUAUUAUAAAGAGGAACUUGUAGAUGAGCCGUUCCUAGAUUUGGGAAAGGCUUUCCAGUCCCAACAAAGAGAGACAGACAACAGCCAGGAGGCCUGGGAGAUGCGUGAAUUUCUGACUCCUAGAUUGCCGGAGAUGGGGGAAGAAAGAGAGAUGCUUGUGGAUGAAGAGUAUGAGCUAUAUCAAAAUCGCUUUCAGUCCAUGGACUUGUAUUCCUCAUCGCACCUGCAAGAGGCUGCUCCUGUUCCCUCUGUGAAGGAACUUCAUUUUGGCACACAGUGGUUACAUGACAGUGAACCGCCUGAGCUUCAGGAGGCAAGAUCUGUGAUGAGUAUCUAUUCCCAGGAAACACAGCAGUAUGGCUAUAGCACUGAAAACAUGGUGAAAGAAAAUUUUGGCAUUGAUUCCCUACCCUCUGUGCCCUCAUCUGAAGGAAGCAGUCAACAAGGCAGAUUUGAUGAUCUGGAAAAUCUUAAUUCAUUAACAAAAAGCAGUCUGGAUUUGGGCAUGAUGAUUCCAGAUGAUGCCCAAGGUCCUGGCUUGCUUGUUGAACUUCCUGCUGUGGCUCAAAGAAGGGAGCAAGAAGAUUUGCCUUUGUAUCAACUACCCAGGACUCGAGUUGUUUCCAAGACCUCAGCAUACACAGGGACACUGUCUUCUAGAUAUACCACAGAUGCAUGCGAGUUACCUGAGAGAGAAGAAGGUGAAGGAGAAGAAACUCCAAACUUCAGCCACUGGGGUCCACCGCGAAUUGUUGAGAUUGUUAGAGAACCCAACGUGUCCCUUGGUAUUAGUAUUGUUGGUGGACAAACUGUUAUAAAACGCCUGAAGAAUGGAGAGGAACUUAAAGGUAUAUUUAUCAAACAAGUUUUAGAAGACAGUCCAGCGGGAAAAACAAAUGCUCUUAAAACAGGAGAUAAAAUACUUGAGGUGUCUGGAGUGGAUUUGCAGAAUGCCUCGCACAGAGAAGCAGUUGAGGCCAUUAAGAAUGCAGGAAACCCCGUGGUGUUCGUUGUCCAGAGCUUGUCAUCCACUCCCAGAGUCAUUCCUACGGUGCAUAACAAGGCCAACAAAGUCGCUAGUAACCAGGACCAAAACACUGAAGAAAAAAAAGAAAAGAGACAAGGAACUGUUCCACCUCCAAUGAAACUGCCCCCUCCUUAUAAAACUCCGUCUGAUGACAGUGAUGAAAAUGAAGAAUAUGCCUUUACAGACAAAAAAAUCAGGCAAAGAUAUGCAGACCUGCCUGGAGAAUUGCACAUUAUUGAGCUUGAAAAGGAUAAGAAUGGACUUGGACUCAGCCUUGCUGGCAACAAAGACAGGUCACGCAUGAGCAUAUUUGUGGUGGGAAUUAACCCAGAAGGACCUGCUGCCACGGAUGGGCGAAUGCGUAUUGGAGAUGAACUGUUGGAGAUAAACAAUCAGAUCCUGUAUGGAAGAAGCCACCAAAAUGCAUCUGCCAUUAUUAAGACUGCCCCAUCAAAGGUCAAGCUGGUUUUCAUCAGAAAUGAAGAUGCAGUCAAUCAGAUGGCCGUUGCUCCGUUUCCAUUACCAUCAAGUUCCCCGUUGCCUGUUGAGGAUCAGAGUGGUACCGAACCUAUUAGCAGUGAGGAAGAUGGCAUUAAACAAUUGCCUGAAAGUGAAAGCUCCAAACUGGAUGACAUCUCCCAGAUCGUUGAUCAAGGUGUGGUGGCAGGUCAACAGAAGCCACUGGAAUGCCCAACUGACAAUGCUGUCAGCCAGAUGAAACAGCAAAAAUAUUCAACAAAAGUUUCCUUCAGUUCACAAGAGAUACCUUUAGCACCAGCUCCAUCAUACCAUUCAACAGAUGCGGACUUCCCAGGCUAUGGUGGUUUCCAGGCUCCUCUGUCAGUGGACCCUGCCACAUGCCCUAUUGUUCCCGGCCAGGAAAUGAUUAUAGAAAUAUCCAAGGGACGUUCAGGUCUUGGUCUCAGCAUUGUGGGAGGAAAAGACACACCUUUGGAUGCUAUAGUUAUACAUGAAGUCUAUGAAGAAGGGGCAGCGGCCAGAGACGGAAGACUUUGGGCUGGUGACCAGAUAUUAGAGGUUAACGGGAUUGACCUGAGGAGCGCCAGCCAUGAAGAAGCCAUCACAGCCCUGAGGCAGACCCCCCAGAAGGUGCGGCUGGUGGUGUAUAGGGAUGAGGCACACUACAGGGACGAGGAGAACCUGGAGAUUUUCCCAGUGGAUCUGCAGAAAAAGGCUGGUCGAGGUCUUGGCCUGAGCAUUGUUGGGAAACGAAACGGAAGUGGAGUGUUUAUUUCUGACAUCGUGAAAGGUGGAGCCGCAGACCUUGAUAGGAGAUUGAUUCAGGGAGAUCAGAUCUUAUCUGUGAAUGGGGAGGACAUGAGAAAUGCCUCACAGGAGACAGUGGCCACUGUCCUCAAGUGUGCACAGGGGCUGGUGCAGCUAGAGAUUGGAAGACUCCGAGCUGGUUCCUGGACCUCCGCAAGGAAGACGUCACAGAACAGUCAGGUUGUUGAUGGCGCAGAUACAGGACCAAGGACCGUUGAAAUAAUCAGGGAGCUCAGCGAUGCCCUUGGAAUCAGUAUUGCUGGAGGGAAAGGAAGUCCCUUAGGAGAUAUCCCAAUAUUUAUUGCCAUGAUUCAGGCCAGUGGUGUGGCUGCACGUACACAGAAGCUUAAGGUUGGAGAUCGGAUUGUCAGCAUUAAUGGGCAACCUUUGGAUGGGCUGUCUCACGCAGAUGUGGUUAAUCUGCUGAAGAACGCCUACGGGCGCAUUAUCCUGCAGGUUGUAGCAGAUACCAAUAUAAGCGCCAUAGCAACUCAGCUUGAAAACAUGUCUGCAAGCUACCAUCUUGGUUCUCCCACUGCUGAACACCAUACAGAAGACACUGAAACACCUCCACCUAAGAUUAUUACUUUGGAGAAAGGCUCUGAAGGAUUGGGGUUUAGUAUUGUAGGGGGUUAUGGAAGUCCCCAUGGAGACCUGCCAAUUUAUGUCAAGACUAUAUUUGCAAAGGGAGCAGCUGCAGAUGACGGCCGGUUGAAGCGAGGUGAUCAGAUUUUAGCUGUUAAUGGCGAGACCCUGGAAGGUGUCACUCAUGAGCAAGCUGUGGCCAUUCUCAAAUGCCAGAAAGGGACUGUAAUCUUAACUGUGCUGUCAUGAGCCUCGGGUCCUAAUCACAAGAGAGAUGUAUAGAAUAUCCAUAGGAAGAUGAAGCCCUGAGAGAGGAUGAAAAGCAGCCUCCACUAGAAUCCUCUUUCGUUUACUGUCUCACCCUCUCUGCUCAGGAGAGGAGGCUAGGUUUCAUGUGCAUUUCCCCAAUCAGCUGUUACCCCUUGGUGAGGUUAAUUUCUAAAACUCGAAUGAGUCUUCUCUGAUUUGCAUCUAACAUCCAUGUUUAUCCACUAAUAGUAACUGGUUCUGAUUAGAUUGGCUGAGACCAAAGUUAACAACUGCUCGUUCCUCGUGCCCUUCCCUGCCCGUUCCUCCUCACUCAGAGGCUUAACAGCAAGCUCACAUGGUAGCUGAUGAACAGAAACGAACAUUCAGCACCUUGUCAUCUCACUCAUGAUUUACUUAUGCUAAUUGUCUCUUCGAGUAUGGCAGAAAACAUUAGUAGUAUAAUUAACUUACCAUGGAUCCCCAUGAUGAAAUACCCUGUUCUCCUGUGGGAAAUUACUUGUGCUCUUUUCUGCAGACUUAUAGUCAAGUAAGUCUCAAAUUCGUUUCCCUGGCGGAUCCUCAUAAACUAGUCAUUGGUGAUUAUGAUGAGUCAAUAUGCAGACUAUAAUGUGAAGACUCUGGAAGGCUUUCUGAUUGUUUUCUUAGCUACAUAAAUGUAUGCCACUGAGAAAAUGCACCUUCUUCUCAACAGGAAAAAUUAGCAUCCAUGUUCUGGAUUCUAACCAUGCUAAAUUAUGUUCAAGUCCAGGAAGUUCAUCUGGAGUUAAUGGCAUCUCAGUAGGCAGGCAUCAUUCCCACCCUUCAGUCUUCAGAGGAGGAGAUGAAAACCUCACAACCACACUGUAGAGAUCAGUAAGUUUUGCCUCAAGUCAGAUGAGGUCUGGGUGGCCUUGGACUUGUGCAAAGUAGAGUGACAAAUUUGAGAAUCCUUCCCCUUGGCUCCAUACCGGUCAAUCUAGCAGUACAAUCUGUAGAAACAUAGGGAUAGAGCAACAUGCUCAGCCACAAAGUGACGGUGGAAAUGAACUUAGCCUAAGAAUUAGGGAUGGGUACUUGGUUAAUGCUUCCUGAUCUUCAGGAAGUCCCCCAUUUGCUAAAGUUUUCCAUGCUAACAAAGCAACUGCCGCAGAAAAUACAAAAAUACCUUAAAAUUUGAGUAGGGGCGUUCUUAGGUAGUAUCACAGGAAAAUGGGGGAGAUGCUUAUCAGUGAAUAUUGUAGGUUCUUCUGUAAACAAUGUACCAUAAAAGAGGAGUACCAGAAUCAGUCACUGAAGUAGUGUAGCAUCUUUGACUAAAACACUAUGCUGCAAUCGGUUCCCAGUAAUCAUCAACAUGUAAUGGGCUCUAAUUUAAAAUAUUAUUUAAUAAUUACAGAUUUUGAGAAUUAUCUUUGAGUAGAUGUAAUCACAAAGUGCAUUAACUCUUGUUGGAAUAUUCUGUGGCUAUUCCAAAGUAUAGAGUGCCUAAAUUUUAUGUUGAAAAUGUCUUUCAUGACUGGUCUUUUCUGAAGUUACAUAUGGCUUUUGGAAUUUCUAACGUAUUCAAGAUAUGCAGUGUCAUUAGGAUUUUGUCUUUUAGUGCACGGGAAGCUAUCAGCUUCAGAAGCUCUAUGCUAAUUGUACCUAUAAAACACCUGAGGCAGCCACGAAGCAAUGAAGCUCAAAUAAAACUUGAAGUUGCACCUUAACAUAACAAGUACGUGUGUGCAUACACACACCCACAUGUAAGGCUUCGUGUAAUACUUUUGAAAUCUGAUUCUGCUUGAUUUUGAUGGAAUGGCCAUUAAAUAGACAUUUUGAAAAAAUACA